AUCAACAAAGCUUAUCUCCUCAUAAAUGUCGAGGAGUAAUUGUACUUGACGAACGUUUAAUUGAAUCUUUCUUUGAAAACAAAAUAUAAUUGUUAACGUGUAAAGUGCACUGUCAAUAAAAUCUCUUCAGAGUUUGCUGGAUUCAACUCAUGGUUUAUGAAGUUGAAUAAUAAGAGUACGUAAUGUGUGCCUGUGGGGCAGUUAGCAGCCAUGUAUCGACCAGGCAAGCUGACCCGCGGUUAUCCACCGCAGUUCGCGUUUCUAUUAAUUUUUUACAUCAACGUUCUCACACUUUUAAAUGGAUCAGUCUUCGCUCAACCUGUAUUGUCGAGAAGAGAUAUGCAGGAUGCUUUGGAAGUAGUGUCAAACUUUUUACAAAAUGAAGAUGGGGCAGCAUGGCUUGCAAGUUUGGCACACAAUCAGAAAAAUGCACCUGUGACAACUGAGGAGCUUAUGAAAGCUGUUAUGGGAGCAACGGAAGAAGAUGGGGAAGUGUGGCGUGCUGCUGCGACUGUUCAAUCAGCAUUGGCAGAUGAAACGCGGAACCAAAAUACCUUUAAUGACAAAUUAGCGACAUUUCCAGAGGUGGCAACGGACGACGAAUUAGGCGAUAUUAUAGCAGAUUUGGAAAAACAUGACGACAUUAUCUGUCUGUGGAGAAAAAACUCGGAAGGAAAAAUGAAAAAGUCGUCCGACUGGCAGAAGCUAUUGAAGAAUGUGGCACCUGGAUAUACCGUGCAUCUCGCGUUGGACCGGGGAAACAAAUAUGUGAUUUGUUUGAAAAAAAUCAACAUAACAUCCUCUCAAACUCCAGAAGCUUCUCCGCAAGGUUUUUAUGCUGAGGAUCAUUUGACAACUAUUCCCGGAUUAAACUUUGCGGCACAGGGUCAUAGAGAAAAUUCGGCUAAAUCAGUACACUCGGGCAGUCUUUCUUCCGCACAACAAGAUAUAACUCGUUAUGGAUCAACAUUAUUGACCGAAAGUUCGAUCGAAAAUCCAAAAUACUUCGAAAUUAAGGGGGAAUCAAUCUAUGGAGGGAAGGAGAACUGCGAGAGUGGUAAUUGUGAUAACGACAACGACAAUAGGCAUACGGAAAAUAAGAAUAUUGAAAAAGGAAUCUUAGACUGUUCGGAAUCAGAUAGGUCCCCUGAAUGUGACAGUAUUUCGAAUGAGUGGAGCUCGAAAAACAUAGAUUCGUCGAUUCAUGUAAUACCAGGAGUAGGUAAAUUACCUAUUCAUGCUGCUCAAUCUAACUCCGAUCGAAAAAUAGCUGAAUCUAUGCUCCGAUGGCCGAAAGAAUUUUCUGAAAACGUGGCACAGUCAGAAGAAGAAUGGGGGACUGUGAGGGGGAGUGAUUGUUGUGAUAAAUCAAAAGCACCCAAGCUAAUGGAAGUACUUCAAGCAAUUAUUAUUGUACCAACUGAUUCAGGAUCCCAAAUUUUUACACCAGAUAAUGCUGGGUAUCCAGUUAUUGCUUCAAUCAAGUGUCCGCAUAGCUCCUCAAAUGCAAUGUACCACACGGAUAAUACGGCACAGAAUGGGAUUUUGGGGUCUGCAUUUGAAGGAACCCUUUACACGGGAAAAUUUACACAAAAUACUGCAUCAGGUCUACACUUGAAAGCGCCACCAAUGAGUAUUGGUCCAAUACUCGUACCUGAUAAAAAUGAGAGUCCGGUUCAAUUUAUCGUUGAGGAACAUGGAAACCAUAAUCUUGGUUUAUUUAACACGGGCUCAAGCUCUUCAUUGAAUACGCCAGAAUCAUCCAUUUUAGACCAAAAUUUCGGCAAUUUGAUUAAUGAAAAUACAAUUCAAUCAUCGUUAACGUCUCCAAAACCGGUUCAAGUAGACGAAAAUAUGUUCGGUUCAUCAAGCCAAGAUACGACAGUAGUUUCAAGCCAGCAAAUGACGCAGACACUCAAUGUCGUACCACCGAAUGAUCAGAACACCAUGAAUCCGAGUUCACUGGCUCCUAUUUCAUCGCUUCAAAAUAGUGGUUCAUCUUUUGAGAUUCUGUUAUCUCAGGAGCCAAUUACUUCUGGACCAAUCAAACCGCAACAGGUUGAAAGACCUACGAUUCAAGAGCCAUUUCUUACGAUGAAUCCAACCGGUUUCGAGGACAGACCAACAACAAAUUGGCAAUCCAUUCCUCCCACAGAUUAUAUGAAACCUAUUAUUCCCGAAGGAGUGUUAUCACAAUACAAAGAAAAACAAACGUUACAAGUACAAACAAUAUCGUCCGUUUCAGAGCAACCCUCGAUAAAAAAUCCAGAAGUGCUAUUCUCGCAAGUAAAUCAAUACGUCCCAAAUUUUAGUGCAUCAUUACAGAGCCAACAGGUGCACCUUGGAGCACAAUCCACCGAGACAUCAGAACAGAAUAAUAGUCCUCCAUCGCAAUAUUCAAACGCGGACAUUUCUGUUUUAAUAACGGAACUCCAGGCUUUGUUAAAUAAACCCUCUAGUGAAGGACCAGCAUCGUCACAGUCCCCGCAAGAAUCUGAUGGUGGAUAUCCAUUGCUACAGGGGAUUCAGCAAGUAGCGUUUCCCGAACCGAAUUUGUCAAGACCUCCAAUUUUGAACCAAGGAGCCGAACAACCAUACGAAUUCGAACCAGUCCAACUGUGGCCGAACGUAAAUCAAGGACCCUCUGUGCCUGCGUAUGCUAGUGUGGAAAACAAACCCAGUGGCAAACCUGGUGGUGUGAUUAUUUCUGAAGAAAAUAUAUCAAUGUUCGGCGUCGAUGGGAAAUUUACAACCCCGGGGUCAAACGUAUUCAACGCAUUACCCUCCGUAUCACAUCACAGUUACAUCAACUAUGUCCGACCAAGACCAGAGGAUAAUUUUCCGAAAUUGCCGCCUAGAGUUGUUUCACCGAUAAAUAUUGAACAGGUACAUUCAAUUGACCAAACGCUGUUACAAACAGACUUAGGGAUCAUGGAACAAUCUGCAGUUGACAAAAUUUCAUCGAUGUCAUCCGAGCUUGUACUCGCGAAUCUUUUUAAUGCAUGGAAGAAUACUUUAAAGCCACAGGGUUCUUGCGCUGGGACUUGUCCUUGUCAAUGCUCAAUUCCGUUACAAAUAAAAAUUGAGGGUAUCAGAGAUCCCAUUAGACUGAACGUCGCACCGGGAUCGGGAGAGACUGUGAUCGACGCAGCAAAGGGCUCAGUAAAGAUCCAACACAAACAACCGUUUUUACUCAAUAGGCUGGGAAACGUCAGAAAGAGUAUAACGGAUGUUCGAAAUCCGUCGGAGGAAGAUGACCGCGUAGCAUUGGGAUCAGAAGAGAGCGUGGCCGUAAUUGAAGAAGCCGACAGCUUGGAAGACAUUCAAAACAAGACAUCAAUCUUACUUGAUAGGCUCGGAAGUACCGGGGCAACUAAAGUAGAAGAUGCAUGGAAGCCGUUAGAAGAAAACGAUGACGCGGAAAUCUUGGAUACCAGUAUUACCGAAAUUGGAGCUCGAAUUGAAAAUAACAAUGUAGAGGAAAAAUCUGAUCUGCCUGAAAGGAUCGUGGAACAGGUAACAUACUACGAUGAAACCCUAUUGGAAGCAACCACAGAGAAGUUUGAGGAAACUGUCAACUUAGAGAAAUUUCAAGAGUCAGAUAGAACCGUUCAAACCACAGAAUCUGUAAAUGAUAUUUUUCCUAGGGCAGAAUAUACCACAGAAAAACCGUAAGGCAAUCGGAGUUAAUCAUUAGCGGAAUCUUUUCAGAAUCGAUUAACCGGUACACAUAUCUUCAAACCAAAGUCUCAUUCGUUCAAAAACCAUCUCUACAACGCUUCACGAAUUUAUCAAUUGUAGUUGUGGAUUGAUUUCUUUGCUAACUUGUUAUUUCUGGGUUAUAUGGCUAUUGUUAUUCGGAUUCGAUAUCAGCUUCUGGUGUAUUGUUAAUGUAAUUUUAGGGAUAUUCCAAUUUUUGAAAGGGCAUCGUAUUAGUGAAACUUUCAAUCUUGCUCGAGAUUUGUUUCAGAAUUUUUUAAGUUUCAACAGUAAAGAAUUUCUCGAAAGAAUUGGCAUGGAAUCAUUGAAUCCACAAAUAUAUGUAUAUUCGUUCUUCGUUUGACGCACGAACAAUUUUUGUUGCUAAGUUGCUGGCAUAUAACUCAAUGAUUCAACCGAAUAAAGCAACACUCUUGUUUGUUGAUCAUUAUAGCUAUCACACUCAGAUGAUACAAGUUUUUCUAAAUUGCAAUGAAUCAUAAUGGAAAUCUGGAAUUGGAAACAAAUAAGCAUGCGCCAUUCUGGAGUUGGAAAAACAAUACAGUUGCACUGCAAAUACGAAUCAAAAAAAAUGUAAGAAACCAGGAUUCCUCCUGCCUGUGUUAUUUAAACACAACGUCAGUUGCGUGAAAUUAAGUCUAUACACUUGAUGGUAAAGUUGAAUUUACUUUAGUUUCGUAGGUCACGCUACAGUAUCAAGUAUCUUAAUACAGUUGGAUAGUUCUGGGACGUAAAAAUAAUAGCAUUGAAUUAUUGAGUCACCAUUCCGAAAGUAAACAAACCGUAAUGUUGGAUUAAUAAUUUACUAUAAAACCACUAGUGGAUGAAAUAAGUUUCAACUUUUAAUAUUUGUUAUUUUUUUUUUUUUUUACAUCCGACAAUAAAAAAAAAUUUGAGACUGAAAUUUUUCAUUUCAAAGUGGACUACAGUUUUAAUUUCAAGUAUGGACAAUUGCGCGUCGUCCUGGAAGUUGAUGCGAGGAGAGCGACAAAAAAUAAAUAGUAGAAACCGAA